CAAAGACAUGACGUGCACGUAGGCGGGGCCUAGGCUCCCAGGAUCCGCCGGCUCUUGGCCUGUGGGUGGUGGCCCUGGUAACGCCGGUAGGAGAGGAGAGUCGGGCGCUUCCUGGGUAGCCCGCCAGCUUCCGCGAAAGGGAACCUCCCUCCGUGGUGAAGAGGGGACCCUACAGGAGAGGUGGACAACCAUGUAAAGAGAUCUGGAAGAACCUCCCCUCCCACUCUGUCUUGUGAAAAGGAAACACCGGGUGAUGUUAACAGGGCUGACUCAUGGUAAGUGAAGUGAUGGAGCACAUUUGAUUUGGAGACAGAAGCCAGAAAGUCUGGUCUGUGCCUCACCACGUGCCAGCUCUGUGAUUCCAGCUUCAGCACAGUCCUCAGCAGAUAGAGACAUGAGAAAAAUACCAAAUAAUGGGAACCUGAAGAUGACAAAAGUGGCUUACCCUCUGGGGCUGUUCAUUUGCCUGUUCAUCUAUGUCGCCUAUAUCAAGUGGCACUGGGCCUCCGCCACCCAGGCCUUCUUCAGCAUCACUGAGGUAGCGUCUGGGGCCCGGAGGGGCCAGCAGGCUCAUAGUCCUCUGGGGACAGCUACACAUGGUCAUGAGGUUUUCUAUGGCAUCAUGUUUGACGCAGGAAGCACUGGCACCCGUGUGCACAUCUUCCAAUUCGCCCGGCAGCCUGGAGAAACUCCCACUUUGACCCAUGAGACCUUCAAAGCACUGAAGCCAGGUCUUUCUGCUUAUGCUGAUGAUGUUGAAAAGAGUACUUCGGGAAUUCAGGAAUUACUGGAUGUUGCUAAAAAAGACGUUCCUUUUGACUUCUGGAAGGCUACCCCCUUGGUUCUCAAGGCCACAGCUGGUUUACGUCUAUUACCAGGAGAAAAGGCUCAGAAGUUACUGCAAAAGGUGAAAGAAGUGUUUAAGGCAUCGCCUUUCCUUGUGGGAGAUGACUGUGUUUCCAUCAUGAAUGGAACGGAUGAAGGCGUUUCAGCGUGGAUCACUGUCAACUUCCUAACAGGCAGUUUGAAAACCCCAGGAAGGAGCAGUGUGGGCAUGCUGGAUUUGGGUGGAGGGUCCACUCAGAUCACCUUCCUUCCAAGAGUCGAGGACACCCUCCAGACCUCCCCGCCUGGCUACCUGACGUCACUCCAGAUGUUUAAUCGGACCUACAAGCUCUAUUCCUACAGCUACCUGGGCCUCGGAUUGAUGUCAGCACGGCUAGCAAUUCUGGGUGGCAUGGAAGGGAAACCUGCUGAGGAUGGAAAGGAGUUGGUCAGUCCUUGUUUGUCUCCAGGUUUCACAGGAGAGUGGCAACAUGCUGAAAUAACAUACAGAAUUUCAGGACAGAAGGCAGCAGUGAACCUCCAUGAGCUGUGUGCCAGCAGAGUGUCGGAAAUCCUUCGAAACAAAGUGCAUAGAACAGAAGAAGUGAAGGAUGUGGAUUUUUAUGCUUUUUCCUACUAUUAUGACCUUGCGGCAAAUGUUGGCCUCAUAGAUGUGGAGAAGGGAGGCAGCCUCGUCGUGGGAGACUUUGAUAUCGCAGCCAAGUACGUGUGCAGGACAGCGGAGACCCAUCCUCCAGGCAACCCCUUUCUGUGCAUGGACCUCACCUACAUCAGCCUGCUGCUCCAAGAGUUUGGCUUCCCAGAGAACAAAGUGCUGAAGCUGACUCGGAAAAUCAACAAUGUUGAGACCAGCUGGGCUCUGGGGGCCAUUUUUCAUUACAUCGACUCCCUGAGAAGACAGAAGAAUCCAGCCUCAUAGUGGCCAAGCUGCCCCAGCCAUCCUUACAGAGCGGCUCCAUCUCCAUGAGAACAGACCUGUGUGGAAUGCCUUGAUGUGUUGGGAGGAAGCCACUGCUCGGGCUGCCACCCCUUCCCUUUGGCCUUGCAGACCUGCCCCUGGACAGGCAGAGGGCUAGAACGUGACCAGGCCUAGUGUCUCCUCCUGCCUCAGCCCCAGGUGGGCAGUAAACCAGACAGGGCAAAGGGCACAUGUCAAGUUUAGUAUGACACAGGCACACCAUCCCCCAUCCCUCCCCUGUAUGCAGGGUUGGGGUGACUGUAACGUGUUUCUGUGACAGGAGUCUUGUUUUGUCUCCCUGCCCCUGUCUGGUCCCUCCUCUCAUCCCCAGGGUGGACCUCCACCUUCUCCCCAGAGACUUGGUCGGGAGGUUUUACAGGCUGUUCUGGCUGCUUUCAGGGUGGGCCAAGUGGCAACCACCAUGUCCUCUGGGACAGUGAAUUGGGCGGACCUGAAUGCAUUGGCCUCCUCUUUGGUUAUGGACAUGCGAGGUCAUCCAGAGGUCUGUUUUCUCAGGUUCUUGGAUGGCUUGGGGCAAGCUGAUGAAGUUGGCCUUGUGAGUAGAAGAGGGCUGGGGGAAAUACCUCUGUGUGUCCCAGCUCUUCAGAGGAGGUCUGAAUGUGAGCAUGACCUGCUUACAAUAUUUAUGGCUGUGCUGUGUGAGUGACAUCUCUGUUGUGUGGUGCUGGGUGUUUGUGUAGCAGCUGUGUUCUGAGCCCCAGUGAAUGUAUUGCUACCAUGAGCCAUUUGCAGCUGAGCAGUGUUGAAGACACACACCAUCCCCCUGUGGGUCAGGUGGACUGCAGUCCCCAGAACUGCCUUCUUGAGGCUCUGCUGGGGUACAGGGCUAUGCCCAUUGUCUGGGGCCUCUGUAGGACACUGGCUCUGGGCCCUCUUGCAUCGGGAUGUGAAGUCUGUGAGACAUAGGCCCUGGGGCCACAGUCGUUCUGCAGUGAAUGUAUGGUAUAUGGAAUAAGCUGAACCUCAUGUGUUCCACUCAAAAUAAAGGGUUUACAAGGG